CCACCAUGCACCGAAAUCUACUUCUAACCGGCUUCUCAACGAUGAUCUCUGGUCAAUGUAGUGUUGCAUCAAGGUGAUACCAGCCCAACUUUGUCUCUGAGCACCAGUUAUAUCUUCGUGAUUGCUCCUAUAUAGCCGUGACCAUGUCGCACUCUCACGACGGGGUUUCCCACGGGCACUCCCACGACGGCUUCAACGCCCAGGAACACGGUCACAGUCACGAGAUCCUCGAUGGGCCAGGCAGCUACCUCGGAAGGGAGAUGCCCAUAGUCGAAGGCCGCGACUGGAAGGAGCGCGCCUUCACCAUUGGAAUCGGCGGCCCCGUCGGCUCGGGCAAGACGGCCCUGAUGCUGGCGCUCUGCCUGGCCCUGCGGUCGACGCACUCGAUCGCGGCCGUGACAAACGACAUCUUCACGCGCGAGGACGCCGAGUUCCUGACGGCACACAAGGCCCUCCCCGCGUCGCGCAUCCGCGCCAUCGAGACGGGCGGCUGCCCCCACGCCGCCGUGCGCGAGGACAUCAGCGCCAACCUGGCCGCGCUCGAGGACCUGCACCGCGGCCUGGGGGGCGCCGACCUGCUCCUGAUCGAGAGCGGCGGCGACAACCUGGCGGCCAACUACAGCCGCGAGCUGGCCGACUUCAUCGUCUACGUCAUCGACGUCAGCGGGGGCGACAAGAUCCCCCGCAAGGGGGGGCCCGGGAUCACCCAGAGCGACCUGCUCGUCGUCAACAAGACGGACCUGGCGGAGGCCGUGGGCGCCGACCUGGCCGUCAUGGAGCGCGACGCCCGCAGGAUGCGUGACGGGGGCCCCACCGUCUUCGCGCAGGUCAAGAAGGACGUCGGCGUCGACCACAUCGUCACCCUUAUCCUCAGCGCCUGGAAGGCUAGCGGCGCCGCCGAGGUGGUCGCUGCGAACGGCGGGCCCCGGCCUACUGAGGGCCUGGAUGCCUUGACUGCUUGAAGUACUCAAAACGGCAUCUUGAUAGCUUCUGGAUAACAGGAAUCUCAUUCCAGGCAGGUUGGCGCAUAGGAAAGCACAUAAAAACCGCAAAAUAACUCCAGUUAGCACCACAGGCGUAGAAAAUACGUGAAAUUCGUAUAUAACGACAUUGUACUCUACUUCACAAAGCGCAAAUUUCUUCCACCUGGGCAGUUUUGACCUCAUAAAUCAU